AGGCUCCUGGUUACCUUGACGAACACAAUCUGAAAAAACAUAAGAAAUUACACUCAAAAUUAACCUCAAAAAUACUCAUUUUUAGCUGGUUUUUCCACCAUUUAUAGCAACCAUAACUUAAGAUAUACAUCUAAGGAGGUUUCUGGACAAUCAAAGUGGAAAUUGAAGCAUUUUCUGGUAUAAAGAUGGCAUCAAUCAGAAGAGGGAACCUUACUCACAUACAGCAACAGCGAAUGCUUACAGAGACCCGACGCAAAGAAAACCUACGAGAGGACCAGAUCAAAAGAAUAGCACAGGAAAAAACUUUAGAGGCAAAUUUAGCGAGUGAAGAAAGAAUUGAAAAUAGGAGAUUUUUGAGGAGACUACAGCAGGAGGAGCAAGAACGACAGACAGAUGAAGCCAUUAUCAAGUCAGCGGAGCAGAAAAGAAUCAAAGAACAACAACAAGAGCAAGAUAAAAGACUAGCAAAAGAGCUAGAGAAUCUCAAACUAGAAGCAUUAAAAGAUGAAAAACUGAGACAACAUAUCCGAGAAACAAGUGUUGAGCUGCGUGAACUUGAAGCCAAGCUUAAAGCUGGUUACAUGAACAGAGAGAGAGCUGCACAGUUGGCAGAAAGAAAAGUCAUGGAACUGGACAAACAGAAAAUAGAAGAAGAAAUAAACUGCAAGAUGGAAGAAGAAUACAAACGCGCACUGGUUGUGGAGAGGCAGAAGGAGGAGCAACGAUGGGAAGAGAGCGUACGCUACCAGGAAGAACUAGAGAAACAGCUAGCAGAGAAGGAGAAGAGAAAGCAACUGGCUUAUGAAGAGUUCCUGAAGGAGAAGUUGAUGAUUGAUGAAAUUGUUAGAAAGAUUUAUGAAGAAGAUGAGAGAGAAAUACAGAAUAGAAUAGAGAAGCAGCAUGCCACACAGAGAUACAUUUCUGAAUUCAAGGCUAAGAGAGAAGAGUGGAAACAACGGGAGAGAGAGCUAAUGGAGGAAGAGAACAAAAGAAUCCUGGAGUUUGCUAAGCUACAACAAAUGAGAGAAGAGGAAAGAAUGGAAAAGAAGAAAGAACAAGAGAAAGCAAUGGCAACAGUACAACAAUCUCUUUCUAAGAGGAUCCAGCAAGAAGCAGAGGAUCGCGAUGAAAUGGAGAGGAUUCGUCUCGAGCUGUACUUGGAGGAACAGGAAGAGAUGGAAAGACAAAAGGAAAGGAUGGAAAUGGAAAACAAGAUCAGGCAGCGUCUGGACCUACAAGAAACACGACGACAGCAGCUGGAAUUCAAAGAACAGCGGUUACAGGCUGAGAGGGUUGAGGAGGAAAAGUUUAGACAAAAGAUGAUGGAGAAAUUCGCUGAAGAUGAUCGCAUAGAACAGAUGAAUGCACAAAAAAGGCGAAUGAAGCAACUAGAACAUAAGAGAGCAGUAGAACAACUGAUCGAUGAUAGACGACGACAACACCAGAUGGAAAGGGAAGCAGAGCUAAACGCUCGCCUUGAAGAACAAAGAAUGGAAUCAUUCCGCAGACAGAUCAUCGAGGAAGAGAGACAGAGAUUAUUGCGAGAACACGCUACUAAACUUCUGGGUUAUCUUCCAAAGGGUGUUCUACGCGAUGAAGAGGAUCUCGAUCUGUUUGACGAGGACUUCCGAACAGCUUACAGGUCACGUCGCGUGGACCUAUUCGACGAGGUGUCAUCAGACCCCAGCCAAUAGGAACACGACAAUCAUGAUCACGUGAUAUGUAGAAUUCAUAUUCCAUUUUUUGUACAUAGAUAACUUCGAGCUUAGGCUAACUUAAACUUGGUAAAUGUUUUUUUUUCUUCUUUUUUCAAUCGAAGAUCCAUCCAUUUUAUAACCCUGACCAUAAGAAACACUGAAUAAGUAAGACAUCAAGUUUAUACUGAAUAUGGCGAUUUCCCCUGGGGGAGGGGGGUUGAAUUUGACAAACCAAUGGGUGUCCAAACAACGUAGGCGAAUGAAAAUAAGGGUGUUUAUGUUUAUCUGUGUCUAGUGUUGGUUAUUAAAAUGUCGUAAUUUCAUUA